CACAUUUUCAAUAUUGAAUUUAUCUUUCAUAUUAGUGAACAACUCAAAUCACUCAAUUAUAUAUUUCUUUUAACAAACGAAGUAAACAACUCCAACCUCUAACCAGAUUUCAUCUCUUCCUCUUUCCAUUCACCGGCUUCCGUUCGUACACGAAUCCUCACAAACUUCAUGGCCUCAACUUUCUCUCUCUAAAACCACAUCGAUCUUAUCGGAAACCCUAAAUCUAUGCAUCGGAAUUUGCCUUUCUGGCGAUGCAAUUCUGCUUUUCUACUAUCUGCCUCUCCCGGGAGGAUUCUUUUCCAAUUCGAUCAUCUUCUUCCCUAAUUCAGCUUCAUUCUUCUCGUUAUUGUGCGCAAUUUUGCCGCCAUGGCUGCUGCCGAUUCUACUUCAAUGCUCUGUAAUGCCGGUGCCGGUGCUGCUGCUGGUGUAAUUGCAGCGACUUUUGUGUGUCCUUUAGAUGUUAUUAAAACUAGACUUCAAGUGCAUGGACUUUCUUCUCUUGGAAAUGGCGCCGCAAAAGGUAGCAUCAUUAUCUCUAGUUUGCAGCAGAUAACCUAUAAGGAGGGUUUGCGUGGAAUGUAUCGUGGUCUUUCUCCUACUGUCUUGGCCUUGCUUCCGAAUUGGGCAGUGUAUUUUACUAUGUAUGAACAACUUAAGAGCCUUCUUGGAUCAGAUGUUGAUGGGAAUCAUCAAUUGUCGGUGGGUGCAAAUGUGAUUGCUGCUUCUGGAGCUGGAGCUGCUACUGUCAUUGCCACAAAUCCGCUUUGGGUUGUAAAGACAAGAUUUCAGACACAAGGAAUGAAAAAGGGUGUCGAUCCUUACAAGAGUACGUUAUCAGCUUUGAGGUUAAUAGCUGAGAAGGAGGGUAUUCGUGGAUUGUAUAGUGGCCUGGUUCCUGCAUUGGCUGGAAUUAGUCAUGUGGCCAUUCAAUUUCCUAUAUAUGAGCGAGUUAAGAGCUAUUUGGCCAACAAAGAUGAAACUACUAUUGAUAAGGUUCCUGCACGUAAUGUUGCGGUUGCCUCGUCGGUCUCCAAAAUAUUUGCUUCUACAUUGACAUAUCCCCACGAGGUGGUUCGGUCACGGCUUCAAGAGCAAGGGCACCACUCAGAGAAACGAUACUCGGGGGUAACUGAUUGUGUUAGGAAAGUAUUUCAACAAGAUGGCAUCUCAGGAUUUUACCGUGGUUGUGCCACCAAUCUGCUAAGGACUACACCAGCUGCUAUGAUCACGUUUACCAGCUUUGAGAUGAUUCACCGGUUUUUAUUUAAGAUAUUCAAUCCGGACACUCAAACUCAUACAUUAUGAUGGAGCUUUGCCUAUUCUGCUGCCUUCGAUGAAUUACUGUGGAUAUACAAGCUGCAAGGCUACAAGCCUACAACCACUUUAUUUUCUCUCGAUUCUUUGGUGGCCUGGAAACUGGGUUUACCGCAACAUAGGGCUCAUUCUUUCACACAAUUUAGUUGUCGGAUAGUACAAUGGAAACACGAUUAAAAUGAUGAUGAUGAAAAUAUUUAAGUGUACUCUUUAAGUGUCAGUUGCCAAUUUGCAAAGGCUACGAAGAUGUAUUCGAGGUAUAAUUUUAGCAUGCAAGUAUUGGAAACUGGGUGCUGCAGCAGUACUUAAUUUUUUACGCAAGGUUUUUGUGUACAGAAACUCUGAUCUUUUAUACGUACCUGCAUCAUUUUAACUUGCAUCUUUACCAACUUUUAUUCUCACCAUUAUCUUCAAUUAUCUAAAAGUUAUAAAUAGCGGAUAGUUUAAAAAUAUGAGCAUUGUGAACGAAUCCAACAAGAAUCCAACAAGAUGUUACUUGUCUGUGUUUUUUCAUAUGUAGCACAAGUUAAAAUGAUGCAAGUAUUUCUGUAUGUAGUAAAUUUUAUUUCGUUUCUAUUGUCUCUCACCACAUCAUACAUAUGUUACCUCAAAUUGAGAAAGUCGAAUACCUACUAGGCUACCACCAGAGACUACCACCACAUAACAUAGAGAAUGCUUAUUGUUAAAAAAAAAAAAAAAAAAAAAAAAGGGACCUUUUUUUUCUCUUAUGACAUAACACAAGUAGGUGUUCUUACAAGUUGCAACGUUCUAUACAUAUGACAAUGACAUUGAUAUUCUCAAUCUAGGAUACCCUUUCCAAAAUACUCCAUUAUUUUGUUUGUGUGCUAAAAUUA